AGAGGUGGGCAGAAUGAACAGUGCGAUCCUGUGCAGUUACUCCAGUCUGCGAUUAUUGAAAUCAGCGGGCUUGGAGUGGAGAAACUGCAUAGAAUUGCACUGUAACUGGGGUCUGCGUAGUUUGAAGGGUUGGGGGCCUUGGAGGGAAGAAAGCGGCUUGCUGAGUCUCGGGUGGCGCAUCUUCCUGGACGUGGCCCCGCUUUCUCUUUUGCUUUGCUCCCUUCUGCGAAGCGCGUUCCUCGCUCCUCUAGCCGGUAGCCACGUGCCAGAGGACCCCAGCGUCCAGGGAGCGCUGCACGUGGGCUUUGUGGACAAGGGGGAGAGCGCGCGAAUCGCGUGUGCUAUACCGCUGUGGAGGUGAUGCGCGCUCACACGUGGCGGCGCAGUUGACGGGUGUGUAAAAUGGCAGAAAGACCUAUUUGGGAACAAAUCGGAACAAGUUUUAUACAGUUGUAUUAUCAGCAGUUUGAUACCAAUAGGGAACAGCUAGGUGCCUUUUAUACAGAUGCUUCCUGCUUAUCAUGGGAAGGGCAGCAGUUCCAAGGAAAAACAUCCAUUAUGGAAAAACUGAUGAGACUUCCUUUCCAAAAAAUUCAGCACAACAUAACUUCCCAGGAUCAUCAGCCAACUCCUGAUAAUUGUAUUCUUAGUAUGGUUGUGGGUCAGCUGAAGGUGGACGAUGAUCCAGUGAUGGGAUUCCACCAGUUGUUUGUUCUCAAGAACAUUAAUGACAAAUGGAUUUGUUCCAAUGACAUAUUUAGACUUGCUCUUUACAAUUUUGCAUAAAACAUCUGUUCUCAAAAGUGCCUUUACUACUCUCAGAUUUCUCAUUAAACAACACUUCAUUUAA